AUGUCGUCCAGCGGCUGCACCUUCGCGGACCGGUGCGUGAGCGUGCUGUGCUGCCGGUUCUGCCGGCAGGUGCUGAGCUGGCGGGGGAUGCAGGCGGUGCUGCUGGCCGGCACCGACACCGACACCGACACCGCCCUCUACUCCACCGACAUGCCGCCCUCGGGAGCCGUGGAUUUCAUCGGGAGCUGCCGCUUCGCCGAGGUCUGCGCGUGCAGAGUGAGGAGCGUCGCCUGCCUGAAGUGUGGGAAUGUUGUUGGCUACCACGUCAUCUGUCCCUGCAAGCCCUGCCUGCAGUCCUGCAACAACGGGCACCUCUGGAUGUUCCACAGCCACGCCGUGCUCGGCAUCAACAGGCUGGACCCUUCUGGUGUGAAUGUUUUGCUGUGGGGCAACCUGCCAGCUCUGGAGGAGAGCACCGAGGGAGACACGUCCUGCACCUCUGAGGAGGAGUUCAUCAGAUGAAUUCCACCUGCAGCAUCUUUGCCUUGGGUUUAUUUCAUUUCACCCGGUGGCUCAUCAGAGCUUAAACAGCAGGAAAAAAAAAAAACAAAAACCAGGAAAUCUGGAAAAAAAAAAAAAAAAUUGAAUUUUUCUUGCUCUUUCCCUGAAUCUGCCUGAGCAGAUCCACCUUGGAAAUGCCAACACAAAGUGCAUUUACUGAGCUCUGUUUUGCUUUUUAUUCUUAACCCUCAACAGCUGAUAAUCCUUCUUUUCUUCUUCCCCGAAGCACUUUGCACAGAGCAAAACCUCUCAGCUGCUCUCAGUUCAAAGGAAUUCUCAGGAAUAAUCAGCCAGGUCUGGCAGAGCUCAACACUCAAAGUUUUCUGCUCUGGCUCUGGGUUCUCCUGCUCUUUGCAGCAUCUCUGCACCUGAGGAUGCUCCUGAAUAUGCACGGGGAAGCCUCUUGGAGCAUUUCCAUCUUUAUUUUUCAAUGCUUGCAGGGUUUCAGCACCAAACUCUGCUUUUCUGGGCUGUUUUAAGAGGAUUUUUGAUACUCGUGCAAUGUCACGUGGGUCUAUUAUUCAAAUUUCCAUAUCAGUGGGGCUGAGAGUCAGAAGGAAAAUAAUAAAACCACGUUUGAUUAUUAUUAUUAUUAAUAAUAAAACCAUGUUUUAUUAUCCUGGUUUAACCACCCAGGACCAAUGGCAGCAUAAUAAUAAUAUUAAUAACAAUAAUAAUAAUAGUAAUAAGGGUUCUGUCUCUACAGAGAUCAAGUUGAUGGUUUUUCUCCCUGAUUAAUCCUAAAUUUGCAGUUUCUUAGUAGAACUUCAAGGCUACAAUGGAGUUUUUCUUCAGGGCAGCAAUAAAACCCAUCCACUUUCAUAUAUGUAAUAUAUAUAUUUUUCUAUAUAUAAUAUAUACAUAUAUAUAUAUAUUAUUUUUUCCCCUCUCCAAAAUAAAACUCAGUCAUGAAAUUGGGUCUUUUCAGAAAAAGCAAGAAAAAUAAAAGUUAAAUAUUUGGUGUUCAUGCCAAAUUUUCCAUCCUGAGCUGCACAGACAAUCUGGUUGCUGUAGGUGAUGAAUUCAAAGCUCAUUUUCUGAGUUGUUAACGAACCAUCAUGUUUAAUUUCUGAACUAAUUCUGUCCCCUUCAGCUGCUCACCUGAAGGCCACCAAUAAAAAAUUCCAGAUAAAAUCACAUCAGGGAUCAGAGGGAACUUUUAAAUUUGGAUUGAUGCUGAAUAAAUCUCUCUGUAGGCUCCUGUGAUACUUGAAAGGGGUGCAAUGAAUUCUCUCAGCGUUUUUACUGCUCAUUAUCCAUUUCUUAAUUAAUGGCACUACCUCUUCUGCACUGUUUAAAUGUCUAUUGUGUAUAUUUGUAUGUGUGUCUUGUUUUGAAUUCCUGUGUUGUGUCUGCCCAGGAAAUAAAAGCUUUGGACUCUGGA